AUGGAGACACAGGAACGGUCGGGCUCCGGGAAGGAGAAGAGCAAGAGCGGAAAGACCAAAUCAGGAGGUUCAGGCGCAGGAGCAGCAAUGGAGGAGGUAGACAAGGACGUGAGCAGCUUCUUGGUAAAGAUGGAACGCGGCGGGAUGAUACAGUCGUUCGGCUGCGUCCUAUUGGUUGAAGAAGGGACGGCUCCUCGGGCUCGUGAUGGACCGGGCCCCCUCGGGUUCGUGAUGGACCGGGUAAUGCGCGCCAUCAACCGCUCCAACCGCGCGCUCCUCCGCUCCACCUCCCGCUCCGUCAGAACCCCCGCCGCCCCCCUGCCAGGGGGGGCCAGCGACAGCAGCGCGGCUAACGGGGGAGCGGGAGGGGGGAGCGGGGGAAGCGGUGGUGGCGGAGGAGGGGGAGGGGUGGGGGUGGGGGUAGGGUGCAUGUCUCUGGAAGAGCCGUGCUCUCCCUCCUCACGCCCCUCCUCCGCUUCCGGGCAUGGGAAUGAUCAUAACGCUCCCCCCAGCUCCUCUCUCCCGGGGGAAGUUGACAUUUCGAAUUCAGUCCCGCGCCCCACCUCCUCCUCCUCUCCUGCCCUCUCCUCCGCACGAUCGUUUUCCAUCCGACGGCUGCUGUCGCGGUCGUCCGCGGGGGCGGCAGCUGCGGAUCCGGCAGAGGGGACGGGGAUCGGCAGUCCCAAGGCGAGCAUUAAGGGGAAUACGGGGAGGUCGCCGCGCACGUCUGCUGACUUGGCUGCUCUGCAGGCUCUAGGCCUGGGGUCGGAUGCGCGCAUCCUCUUCACCCCCGAGAGCGUGACGGCGCUGGAGAAGGCGAUGGGGGCGCGGGAAAUGGCGCUCAUGAACCCCGUGCUCGUGCAGUCCUCCCUCUCCUGCCGCCCUUUCUAUGCCAUCCUGCACCGCCAAUCCUCCUCCUCCUCCCCCUCCACCACCGCCGCUGCCGCCGCUGCUGGUGUGGCAAACGGCAAUGGGGAAUCCAACGCUCCUACGACUAGCAGCAAGGUCAAGCGCGGCACAAUUUUAAUCGACCUCGAGCCGAUUCUUCCCUCCGACCCGGCUGUGAACGGUGCUGGGGCUCUGCACUCCCACAAGCUCGCCACCCACGCUGUCUCACGCCUGCAAGCCAUCCCCUCUGGAAGCAGCCUCGAUUUACUCUUCCAGGCGCUGGUAGAGGAGAUUCGGCAGCUCACAGGGUACGAUAGAGUCAUGGCGUAUAAAUUCCACGAGGACGAACACGGGGAGGUUAUAGCAGAGGACCGGAAACGCCCCCUAGAGUCUUACCUCGGACUGCACUACCCCUCCACGGAUAUUCCCAAGGCGUCCCGGAUUUUAUUCUUGAAGAAUCGGAUCCGCAUGAUCUGCGACGCGAAGUCGAAGCCGGUGAAGGUGGUGCAGGAGAGGGGGUUUCUGAAGCAACCUGUGAGCCUGUCGACGUCCACGCUGCGGGCGGUGCAUGGGUGCCAUGCACAGUACAUGCAGAACAUGGCUAUCUCCGCGUCGCUCUGCCUGUCUAUUGUUCUCAGGGACCAGGAGGCGUUGCCGGCGGCGAUUGGCGGGAGAGCGGGCGGGGGCGGGGCGGAGGGGGAGGAUGGGGGAGGAGGAGGGGGAGGUGGGGGAGGGGGAGGGGGAGGGGGAGUGUUGUCGACACUGGAUGAGGUGAAGGGGAGGCGGCUGUGGGGGAUGAUUGUGUGUCAUCAUACGUCCCCGCGCUAUGUGCCCUUCCCUGUGCGCUCUGCCUGCGACUUCCUCAUGCAGGUGUUCACGCUGCAACUGGCCAAGGAGCUACAGCUGCAGGCGCAGCAGAGGGAGCAGCAGAUCCUGCAGCUGCAGACGCAGCUGUGCCACAUGAUGCUCGCCAACGCGCCCUUCCACGCCCUCAUGGCCCCUGACGCGCGCCCCUCCGUGCGCGACCUGGUGGAGUGCGACGGCGCUGCCCUGCUUGUGGAUGGGGAGUUCUACUCCUCUGGGACUGCGCCCACCAAGGAACAGGUGCUCUCGAUCAUCGAGUGGAUCCAAACGGCCCACCCGAACACCACCGGGCUCACCAUCGACAGCCUGCUCGCCGCCGGCUACCCGCACGCAACCUCCCUCGGGGACUCCGUCUGCGGAGUAGCAAUGGCUCAGAUCGGCGAGUCCGACUUCAUCCUGUGGCUGAGAUCGCACGUGCAGAAGCAGAUCCACUGGAGCGGCGCGAAGCAGAAGCCCGGGAAGGCCCCGAAGGAUGAUAUCAAGAAGAUGAACCCAAGGCAGUCGUUUGAGGCGUUUCUGGAGGUGGUGCGGCACCGGUCGGCGCCGUGGCAGGACCUGGAGGUGGACGCGAUCCACUCGGUGCAGAUCAUUCUCAGAGAUGCCGUUCACAGGAUGCGACUUGGGGUCCCUGUUGGGGGAGGCGGAGGCGCUGCUGCUGAAAUGGCGCUCUCUCCAGAGGAGCUGGACAAGCUGUACGCAGCGACCUUCGAUCAGCUCGUGCACUUCAUCGAGACGGCGUCUGCGCCGAUCCUGGCCGUUGAUCGCGAGGGGUGCAUCACGGGGUGGAACAACAAGGUGGCGACACUCACAGGGCUGCCCUUCUCCGCUGCCAUCGGGAAAUCUCUGGUCGACGAUCUAGCAGACGUGCAGUCCAAGACGCAGCUGCAUGCUGCUCUCGACCUCGCCUUCCAAGGUCGCGAGGCACACAACAUUCAGCUGCGCCUGCACUCGUGGGGAACGGAGCGCAGCCUCUCCGGCCCCUCAGCACGCACCGCCAGCACAGGCAGCGCCGCAGCCGCUGCAGCUGCUUCCGCCACAGCAGCAGCUGGCAGCACCGCCGGCGGCGCUACAGCCGGUGCCGAGGCCCUUGGGAUUGACGUGGGGUCGUCUGUGAUCCUAUUGGCCAAUACGUUUGUGAGCCGCGACGCGCAGCAGGAGGUGCAGGGGGUGUGCUUCGUGGGGCAGGAUGUGACGGUGGAGAGGGUGGUGAAUGACAAAUUCAGGAAGGUCAAGGGGGAUUAUGAAGCGAUUGUGCACGCGCACAGCUCGCUCAUCCCCCCCAUCUUCGGCUGCGAUGAGUUUGGGCUGUGCACGGAGUGGAAUGCAGCAAUGGAGAGGGUAACAGGGUUCACGCGCUUUGAGGUGUGGGAGCGCAUGCUCAUCGGGGACGUCUUCGGCUCCCUCUGUCGCAUGGAGAGCGGCGACGCCAUGACGAAGCUCAUGAUCGUCAUCAGCAAGGCCAUGGCCGGGCAUGAGGCCGUCAAGGUCCCCUUCUCCUUCCUCAACCGCCAGAGAACCCUGAUGGAGCUGCUUCUAUCGGUGCACCCGCGGCACUCAGCAGACGGCAACUCAGUGGUGGGCGCCUUCUGCUUCCUCCACACCGCCUCUCUGGAGCUCCGGCAAGCCGUCGACAAGCAGAAGACGGCCGAAAAACUCGCCUCAGACAAGGCGAGGCAGGUGGCUUACGUGAGGGAGAUGAGCCGAGGGCCGUUGGAUGGGCUGGCGUACUCGUUUGCGCGCAUGGAGCAGAUGGGCGCGGGGUUCUCGGGAAAGCAGCUGCCAUGGGUGCGCACGGGCGUGGCGCUGGAGACUCAGCUGCGGAAGAUUGUGAGCGACACUGACAUGCUCGCCAUCGAACAGGGCCAAGCGCCGCUCGCCACGCUGCCAUUCACCAUGGAAGUCGUGUGUGGGGCAGUCAUCAGCCAGGCCACGCUGCUUGCCACGCGCAAGGGCGCCAAGCUCACUCUCGAGCUGGGCAGUGACGUCAAGACGCUGCCGCUGUGCGGCGAUGCACCUAGGCUUCAACAGAUUCUGGGCGGGCUGCUGUGUGCGGCAGUGAGUCACACGCAGGCCACGGGGCUGGUGAAGCUGGAGGUGACUCAAAAAGGGUCACGGCUCUUCCGAGGAACAACAACCAUGGCAGAACUCGAUAUAAGAAUCUCCCACACGGGGCGGGGUCUACCAGAGGAAGUUAUCAACCACAUGUUUGACUCCAAUGCUGCCACCACCUCUACUGCCACCGGCACCACCACCACUGCCACCACCCCCACUGCUGCCAGCGCUUCUGUUUCUGCUGGUGAUAGAAGCUUUGGCAGGGCGAGCAGUGAUGGUGGGGGCAGUGUCGGGGGGAUGAGCGUGGGAGGCAUGAGCAGCAGUAGCGCUGCGUUAAGGAGCAACGCAGAGGGCGUGUCGCUGAGCCUUAUAAGGAGGAUGCUGAAGAGUAUGAAGGGCGAGGUGGUGUAUACGAGGGAGACCGGGCGCUGCUUCUUCUGGGUGCAUGUGGAUUUCCCCUUGUCCUCGGCGUUGCGGUGGGGCGGUGCUGCUGCUGCUGGCGGUGCUACUGGCGGUGUUGUUGGUGUGGCUGCAACUGGUGCUUCUUCUGCCCUUUGA